AUGAGACUUUCUUGUAUUUCCACCCUUGCGGGUAUCUUUUUCUCAUCACUUGUAACUGCUCAGCUUUCUGGUACAGUGGGACCUACUACGAGUACUGCGUCAAAGGCAGCGACGAAAGUAUGUAAUAUUCUGGACUAUGGCGGUGUUGCUAGUACAUCGACGGAUAAUGGACCCGCAAUUCUGGCUGCUUGGACUGCUUGUGUUGCCGGGGGCGAAGUGUAUAUCCCUGCGGGUGACUAUGGCAUGGCAACUUGGGUUACUCUGACUGGUGGAACUGGUGUUGCGAUUCGCUUGGAUGGAAUCCUGUACCGUACCGGAACAGCGAGCGGCAACAUGAUCUUCGUUGAGCACACCACGGACUUUGAGUUCUUUAGUAGCACUUCUGCUGGUGCAAUGCAGGGCUAUGGUUAUGUGUUCCAUGCUGCUGGGACUUACGGACCCCGCCUUCUUCGAUUGGCACAAGUUGUGGGUUUCUCCAUACACGAUAUUGCUCUCGUUGACUCACCUGCGUUCCAUCUAAGCCUAGACACCUGUUCCAAUGGAGAAGUAUACAACAUGAUCAUUCGCGGUGGCAAUGAAGGAGGUCUAGACGGAAUCGAUGUAUGGGGUACAAAUAUUUGGAUCCACGAUGUUGAAGUUACCAACAAAGACGAAUGUGUGACCAUAAAGAGCCCUGCUAGCUACAUGUUGGUUGAAAGCAUCUACUGCAAUUGGUCAGGUGGAAGCGCAUUUGGCUCUCUCGGAGCAGACACAGAUAUCCACGACAUCACAUACAACCAUAUCUACACCCAGAACUCAAACCAGAUGCUACUGCUGAAGUCCAACGGCGGUAGCGGCUCAGUAUAUUCCUGCUCAUUCACGAAUUUUAUGGGCCACAGCAAUGCCUACACACUCGACAUCGAUGGCUACUGGAGCUCUGAAACCACCGCGGCUGGCGACGGCGUUCUCUACCACGACCUAACCUUCAGCCACUGGCACGGCACGUGUCUCAACGGUGGCACGCGCGCAGCAAUCCAAGUACUGUGCCCCUCCGGCGCGCCCUGCUACAACAUCGACAUCGAAGCCUUCUACAUCUGGACAGAAGCCGGUUCCGAGGUCUUGUACAAGGACGAGAACGCGUAUGGCACGGGCGGUGGCCUGAAUACGGGGAGUUCGUAUACGGCGUAUGCCGUGGUGACGAAGACGGUGACGAGUGUGCCGGCUGCGAGCUAUGCUAUCACGACCAUGGCGGCGGAUCUGACGGCAGGCUUUGCGAUUUCGGCUAGUAUUCCGAUUCCAGCUGUGCCGACUUCGUUUUAUCCCGGUCUGUCGCCCAUCAGUGCGAAGCUUGGGUGA